AUGUUUCGUAAGGUCACAUCUGUUGCAGCAGCAAAUUUAGGACGUUCUUUCAGCUCAAGUCCCAUCAAUCUCUCAGCUCAAGCCAAAAUGAUGAAAGCUAUGGUAUAUUAUGGUGCGAACAACUUGAAAUUUGAAAAUAGGGCUGUUCCAAAAAUUAUUGACCCAACAGAUGCUAUUAUUAAGAUGACCCAAACUUCUAUAUGCGGUACGGAUCUCGGUAUUUGGAAGGGUAAGAACCCUGAAAUCGAGGAGAUUGCAGAAGCGAAGGAAGGAAAGUUCAAUGGAAGGGUAUUAGGCCAUGAAGGUAUCGGUAUUGUUGACGAAGUCGGCGCUGGAGUUCGUAAUGUGAAGAAGGGUGACAGGGUGAUUAUCUCUUGUAUUACAAGAUGUGGUAUCUGUGAGAAUUGUUCAAGAUCAAUGUACUCUCACUGUAAUAGCGGAGGUGGUUGGCUCUUGGGAUAUAUGAUUGACGGAACACAUGCUGAAUAUGUCCGUACCCCAUUUGCCGACACCUCUCUAUACAAGAUUCCUCAAGGUCUAUCUGAUGAGGCUGCCGUGUUGCUUUCUGAUGCUUUACCUACUGCCCAUGAAAUUGGUGUGCAAAAUGGUAAUGUUAAACCUGGUGACACAGUAGCAGUGAUUGGAGCAGGUCCUGUCGGUAUGAGUUGCGUUUUGACAUCACAAUUGUACUCUCCAAGUGUUCUAAUCGCGGUGGAUAUGGAUGAUAACCGUUUGGCUAUGGCUAAGGAGAUGGGUGCUACUCAUACGAUAAAUUCUGCAAAAGAGGAUGCUGUGAGUAAGAUCUUAGAGUACACGGAAGGUCGUGGUGUUGAUUGCGCAAUGGAAGCCGUGGGUGCCCAGCCAACUUGGGAUAUAUGCCAACGUGUUCUCAAGGAAGGUGGUCAUUUAGCAAACGUCGGUGUCCAUGGAAAGUCUGUCAAUCUUGAGAUUGAAAAAUUGUGGAUAAAGAAUUUGACCAUCACUACUGGAUUAGUGAACACCAAUACCACUGAAAUGUUAAUGAAGAAUUGUUGUUCUGGAAAGUUGAAGUCCGAAAAGCUUGCCACUCAUCAAUGCAAGUUUGAAGAUAUGGAAAACAAUUACACUGUAUUCAAGCACGCUGCUGAAGAAAAGGCUAUGAAACUUAUUAUUAACUUUUAG